CACGGGGUUCCUCUUCUUCUACUACUUCUUCCUCCAUUUUUAAUAUCUGAUCUGAACUGCAAACCAGUUUCGAUUCGAUUCGAUUCGGUUCUCUUAGAUUUCGGGGUUGGUAAUCGGAGAACAUCAUGCGCCGGGAAGUGGUAUUGCCGUUGUUCGUGCUCUGUUUCUUCGCCGCAGAUCUUGUUCGAACUGCCCAUUCAAUCUGGUUGAACUUACCUGCAUCUGGAACCAAGUGCGUCUCCGAGGAAAUCCAGACCAACGUUGUUGUUCUUGCCGAUUUUGUCGUUGUCGCUGAUCAUACUCAUGCUCCCACCAUUUCUGUCAAGGUGACAUCUCCAUACGGGAACAAUCUUCAUCACUCGGAGAACAUAACGCAUGGUCAGUUUGCGUUUACGACAAGUGAGGGUGGUAAUUACCUAGCCUGUUUCUGGCUGACUGACCACAAGCAUGAAGCUAGUACUGAGGUAAGUGUCAACCUUGACUGGAGAACAGGGAUUGCAGCCAAGGAUUGGGAAUCAGUCGCAAAAAAAGAGAAAAUUGAGGGUGUUGAACUCGAGCUGAGGAAACUCGAGGGAGCUGUCGAAGCUAUCCAUGAAAAUCUGAUCUAUCUCAGGGACAGAGAAGCUAUUAUGAGGACGGUCAGCGAGAGAACAAACUCACGAGUUGCGUGGUAUAGUAUCAUGUCCUUGGGUGUCUGCAUCAUUGCUUCUACUCUACAGAUAUGGUACUUGAAGCGCUUCUUUCAGAAGAAAAAGCUUAUUUAGAGAACUUGUUAGUCUACCCUUCUUGUUCUUGCAGAAAUAGAAUUUGUUUAAGUUCUUUAGUUUUCUUUCCUUCCUCGAAUGAAAUAGAAAAGUUUUGACACGUACUGCAAACCAUACAGAUUUGUUUGUAUUUUGUUCUUCAGUUUUUGUUGAGUUGCUUUGAAGCUGAUAGAAUCUAGUCUAAGACUCAGUGUUCAUUAUCCUUUAUAUGAUUAGGAAUCCUAAAAAAGCAGCUUCA